UCUCUCCGCUAUAAUGGAAAACAUUACUGUAUUUUAUUAAAAUAAAAUAAAUUUAGGUUGAAUUUUUGUCAAGUGGCUAAUUCCUUACCAUUCUUUAUUUUACUCUUAAUUAAUUAAUUAAUCAACCUUAAUAAAAUUAAUUAAAUAAUUCUCUUAUGACCAGAUCUCCAUAAGAAACACGUUACCAUUUGACCACCUCUUCUCUCCUUCCCUUAUCUUUUUUAUACUAUUAUUUAUACAACAAUUUUAUUAACAUCUUCUUAAUUCACUAUUUUGUGUGUUUGAUUGAUUCUUUGAAGCAACCAAAGAUGAUGAACAGCUGUGGAAUCCAACAAAACGCUUUUGAAGAGAUGAAGAGAAACGCCGUCGUUUCUGAUCGGAGAGACGCCGUGAUUUGUCCUAAACCUCGUCGUCUUGGUGUUCUUAAUCACCACUCUUCUCGAUCUCUCCGAUGGCAACUCAAUCAUCAGAUGGAAUCAUGUGAAUCGAAUUCACGAAGUGAGAUUUUGGAUUUCAUCCUCACAAAGGGCGGUGGUGAACAAGAUGAGACGAGGAGGGUGAUGACGCCGCCUUUGUUCUUCACAGGGUCACCACCAAGUAGAGUUUCUAACCCAUUAACAAAAGAUACACUUUUUCGAGAAGAGCUUCUCGUGGUGGCUUCUCCGACUCCAUCGACUCCACGAGCAACCAAACCGCAGCCACCGUCUUCUCCAAGGAACGGCAGUUGUGUUAUGGCGGCGACGAGUUUCGGGAACAAUCCCGUGGUUCGUGUUGUGGGAUUCGAUUGUGACAGACGCAGAAGCAACCGGAGCAUUUCGACUCUUGCAUAAAGAGUAGUCCAAUAUGCAUAUAUAUAUAUAACAGAGAGGGAAUUAAAAGGAACAACUAAGAAAGGUUUAGGAAUUGAUUAUGGAUUAUGUCGGAGGGUUUUGUUGGUUUAAAUGUGUAAAUAUGUUGGAAAACAAAAAGUGGGGGAUUUUAAAAGGGAUUGUUAUAAAUUUUAGGGUUUUGGGUGUCCAUUUUCUAAAAUUUUGUAAUUAAAAGGGGGGAGAAAAGAGAGUGGUUAAUUUGGUGUCUUUAGUGAAAAUAAGAGCAUAUAGUGUAAUAUCUUCCUUAUUGUAUAACAAAAGGAAAGGCUCGAAAGAGUUUUGAAAUGUGAAGAUAUCAUUUCUACCCUUUUAUUUUUCUGUAUUGUCUCUUUUGUACAGAUGUAAAUUUUUAAAGGAGUUGAUCAUUUUUGGAGUCUUA